AUGGGCUUUAAGUCUCACCAAACCUCCAAAACCCACUCCUGUUUAUCUCUGAGGCCCACCACCAUUGUCAGCUCAGUUCUGCUCAUCACCUCCUUCUUUCUACUUCUCUCGCACCCUCCGAACCGCCUCACCGAGCCCCGGUCCCAAGAGGCCCACCUCCAGUUCUACGGCGAUCUUCGCGAGGCCCGGUUCGCCUGGAACAGGCUCUGUUUCGGGCCCAUCUCGGACAAGCUCAAGCUCGCUGUCUUCUCAAAGAAAUGGCCCAUCGGCGCGGUCCCUGGCGGAAUGGAACGUCACGCGCACACUCUCUUUUCAGAGCUAGCCGCUAGGGGCCAUGAGGUUCACGUCUUCACCGUGCCAUCCGACCGGCAGGCUCGACCAGAUGUCGUCCACGGGAGCCUGCACCUACACUUCGCGAGCAACGAUGCAGGCUCCCUCAAUUGUUCGUUGGCCGUCGAGACAUUCCACCGUGAGAAUGACAUCCGUCCGUUCGAUUAUGUCCACACUGAGAGCGUGUCGUUGCCACCCUGGCGCGCCAAGAACGUACCCAACGUGGCCGCGACAUGGCACGGCAUAUGGUACGAGAUCAUGCACUCGACCCUCUUCGAGGACCUCUUGUGGGAGCCACGAGGCCCGUCCGGGUCAGACCCACAUCUCCACGAGGCAAUGCCACGGCUCGUCGACGAGAUCAGGUUCUUUUCCAGCUACAAACAGCACAUAUGCAUCAGUGACAGUGCAGGUGAGAUCCUAGCCAACAUAUACCAGCUCCACCCUCGAAAUGUCCACGUCAUCCUCAACGGGGUGGACCACACCAAGUUCGUGCAUGACCCCGAGUCGGGUGCGCACUUUAGAAGAAAGCACGGGGUCCCCACUAACGUGAGCCUGGUGAUGGGUGUCGCUGGGCGUUUAGUGAGGGACAAAGGCCAUCCGCUUCUCUACGAGGCUUUCUCCGCCAUAAGAGAACGCUACCCCGGCGUACUCUUACUGGUUGCUGGGUCUGGCCCGUGGGCCCGGCGCUAUGAAGAGCUGCACCCGCAAGUUAAGGUGGUGGGAGCAUUGGGCCCAUCGGAGUUGUCUGAGUUCUACAACGCGGUGGACGUGUUCGUGAAUCCGACGGUGAGGCCGCAAGGGCUUGAUCUGACGUUGAUUGAGGCGAUGCAUUGUGGGAAGCCAUUGCUGACGACCAAUUUCCCUAGCAUAAAGGGAACGGUGGUGGUGCAUGAUGGGCUUGGAUAUACAUUCGCGCCUAAUGUGCGGUCGUUGAUAGAGACGCUGGAGUGGGCCAUACGAGAUGGGCCAGUGGUGUUGCGGGAGAAGGGCAUGGCUUGCAAGGCGUAUGCGUUGUCCAUGUUCACGGCGACUAAGAUGGCGUCGGCGUAUGAGAGAUUCUUCUUUUGCAUGAAAAACAGUAAGUAUUGCCAAUACCCACUUCCUUCAGAUUGCUAGAAUUCACACAUACUGUAUUUCUUCUUUUGAUUUACAAUUUCAUCUUGUAUUGAAAUUAAAAAAGGGUGUUGCUGUGUUUUCUGUUGGAAAUAGGACAGAUGGGGCAAUGGGUUGGUUUGACCUGUGGUCCAAUU